AUGGCAAGUCUAGAUCCUGUUUUAACCUGGAUAUAUUUUGUUCUUCUCUGUGUUACAAGCAUUAUUGCAUUACCAGCCAACAUCACUGUUCUGACCUGGAAGCCAUCCAAUCCCGAUGAUCGAUUGUGUUUUGCAAGGCUUGGUCAUUUACUAGCCAGUCAAGCUCUCGCAAACAUCAUUAUAGCUAUUGUUUUUAUCCCGCUGUGGUUGUUUAUUCUAAUUGUGCAACACAAAAACAACACCUCAAUGAAUCUUGACGAACUAAAUGAAAUAUGUGUUCAUAGUUUUGAUGUCUUUCAUGGAUUACUAGCUAACCUUCAUCUGGUUGUUAUAGCAACAGAAAGGACGUGUGCCAUUGGCUGGCCAAUCAUUCAUCGCACGGCAGCAGAUCGGAUCACCUACAUAGCAAGCGUCUCGCCCUGGUUGGCUGCUUCUUCACUAUCAUCAAUUAUGAUAGUCAUAUACUAUUUCACUAGGGCGCCAGUUCUCGCAGUUGUCUCUUCCUCUACCUUUUUUGGAUUCCCCGCUCUUGUCACCUGUGCUGUAUUCUUAAUGGUGCCGCUGAGAUUGCUUCAACACGAGUUAACUCCAUCACAAGAAAAUAACGUUGCAAUUAGCAAAGCAAUGGCUCUCGUAUUUUCGUCAUAUUUUAUUACAAGCUUGCCAUACCACGUUGUCAGUGUUUUGAACUUCUUCUGUACCUCCUGCGAUCUUAACAAGCUUUCUACAUCAAUCGGAUUAAGAUGUCUUCUGUACAGCAGUUCUGCCCUAAUUCCCAUGACAGUAAUGUUAUCAGUGCCUGAUCUGAGAGCUAAAGUACAGUGGUGCUGUUUCAGGUUUCACGCCAUUAAUGAAGAAUCUCAGAAUGAUCUGCAUGCUAUGGAAAUUCCAGGUAUUCAAUCAACAAACAACUCAUGCACCCUUGUUAACACAGUACAGAAGAAGGACGAGCCUGUACAAGAUGAAAUUCCACUUUAA